UACGUUUGUUUCUAAUUCCGCGCGGGUAACAGCUGAUCGAGCGCUUUAAUUUACGUUCGUCCAUGGCGCGGAAACGAUGAACGAUCGUGGCCGAUCGAGACACCAACGGCACCGGGCAAUUCCUGGUGGAAGAACGCCGUCGUUCCCGUCGUCGCGUGACACGUGGAGUUGGCAUCCGAAACGCUGGCAUCCGGACACCGAUAGCAAUUAGAUGACGGCGCGACGCCGUGGGCUGGCAGGUCAUGGGGGCCUGUCUCGGCCGCUGUUUAACCAAAGUCACAGAUUCCGUGCCGUACAGGUUCUAUCAAAGGCAUACCAGAAUGUCUUUCCAAGAAGAAGAGCAAGACGAGUUCAUGGACGUCCAGGGGCACGAGGACCAAGCUAGAGGAUCAAAAAGUCUCUUAUCGUUCCUAUCUUUAAAACGGUUCAAGAGAAAACGUGGAGUCCCGAUAACUCUGGAAUUACUGGAAGAUGGAAGAUGGUCGCGAGGUGGCAACAAGUAUGCCAGAUUGAGUUCCAGAAACGACGUUUCUACGAGUUCUGGCCUGGAUAUGUCGCUUCAAGUUCUUGACGCAAGAUCGCUGAUACGACAACAGGUUUACGUUUCGUCCACUCCGGGAUCAUCGCUGGACCUUGAAUGGGAACACGAAGGGAUGCCGACACCAGUCGUGGACGAGAAGGGAGAUGCAGAGUAUUCUCUGACACAGACGUCACCUGAUAACAGCCAGCCCUCCAGUCUGACAGCAUCUCCUUGGUCCAGAGUCUCGACUCCAAAUAGCUUAGAAUGGGACCCAGUGGAACCGGAUAUGGUAUGUGUCGAUAUGGAGACUGAGCAACUUCUAACUGAGAUAGAGAGAUUAACGGAUAGAGCUCUGAAAGAGACGGGUGAAUGGACUAACGCUGAUACCAGCUGAUAAACGAUCCAAUUGUAAUUGACGGGAUAUUGUUUGUAUUUUUGUAUCAUAAAGAUAUUCACGGUGGAGUUUAAACGAACGCUCUACACUCUAUGCAAGGAGAUUACAUUAUUUCGAUAUUACUAUUCUUGAAACAAUAUAAUCACGUUUAUAUCGUUUCAAAAAUGUGUACUGUACAAUUUAGAACAUGUCCAAUACAGAAUUGCAGAUAUCUACAUUAUGUAGAGUCUUAUAAUAAUCUGUAGCACAGAAAGGAAUUAACAUCAAGCUGUCAAAAGCAAUUAGAAAUUAUUUGCAACAUGUAUGUACAUACGUACAACAAUUGUCUACACAAAUAAAAAAAUAUAUUUUUGUUUUCAAUUUUUAGAUAAGGCAUUUGCUUGUUAAAAUGGGAUAUUAAAAUUUUAUCGUAAACUUUAGCGAUAUAAAUAUAAAGCUUUAGUUUCGCUUUUACCUCACGCAACUUCCGUACGACAAUAAAUUAUUUUCUACAAAAUAAAAUCUUGUGCCAUACUUUACUUCUGUACUUCAAACUCUUAACGUACGUGCACUCAAAUGAUUUGUUUUGAAUGUAAAACAUGAAGUAAUAUUGUAUAUUAAAACAACAAUCGUUUAUAAAUAAUGCAAAUACAAGAUGUAUACAGAAGAGUACAUAAGAGAGUCCAUUAGAUCAUAUUAUUUUUUAUGUGAUUUUCAAGCUAUUGGUAUUAGCUCUAAAUCUGAGAUUUAGUAUCUGAGAGGUACACAAUAUUAAGUACAUACACACAGCAACAGAUCGUAUAAUUUAGGAAGAAUAGCAAAUGUACAAAAGGAGAAAGUUUCCGAUAGGAAUUAUUUUAUCGUAAUGAGAAGCAUGUAUAAAGAUGAAGUUGUUACUGUAAAUGAUGAGAUGUAGAAUGCCUUAACAUAGAUAAUAAAAGAUUAUGAAGUUUCCUAUAGUUUAUGAGACUGCGUUACUUAUAUUUCAUUUAGUAACAUCUUAAUACGCUUCUAUUAUGCCGUUACAAACGAUCUAAAUAUGCCUCAUACAAGUUUAAGAAAUACUUUUUUUUUUAUAUUUGAAUGUUAGAAGUAAGCACUCUCGAAGAAAAAGUAUCAUAUCACAACCAAAAGCGUAAAGAGAUAUCAAUUCAAUGAAUAUGUAAAAACGAGUGUGGUGUGUGGGAUUGCGGAACGUCGCGCCACACACCAGUGGAAUGUAAUGAAUGUUAAGAAUAUGUUUAUAUAUGCUUUAAUAAAUAAUUAAUUUAUUAUA